AUGAUCGCCGUCUCCAUCCCCGCGGCGGAGCCCCAGGCGGCGGCGCGCAGCCCCGACAGGGCGCACACGGUGUUCAGGGUGGAGGUGCUGUGCAAUGGCCGGCGGCACACGGUGGCGAAGCGCUACAGCGAAUUCCAGGCGCUGCACAAGCGGAUCAAGAAGACCUGCAAGGUCCCUGACUUCCCCCCUCGCCGGGUCCCCAACUGGAUGCCCAAAGUGCUGGAGCAGCGCCGGCAGGGCCUCGAGCUUUACAUUAGGGGUGUGCUGUACCACAACGAGGAGCUGCCCCAGGACGUGCUGGAUUUCCUGAAGGUGCGGCGUUGCCAGCAGGACCCCAAGGCCAGCAGCCCCCCCGCCGGCUGCCUGCCCUCCCAGCGGCCCGUCGUCGGCUUCUGCACCGACCCCUACGUGCGGCCACGGGGCACCGACCUGUUCCCCAACACCGUCCUCAGCGGGGUGCUGCAGGGCCUCUACAUCCCCUCGAGCUGCACCCCCAGCCAGGCAGUGCCCCGAGCCCCCGGCCUGCUGGGCUCCCAAGCACCCACCCAGCACCCAGGGCCACAGUGGUGAGCAGCCGGGCAGCGGAAUGGAUCCCUGCGGUAAAAAUAACACCUUCCCGCUGGGAUGGGGCAGGAAAAC